AUGAGUGUUCAGAGACCCUUGUGGGUCAGUUGGGCUCGGGUAUUUCUUACAGGUGCUGGUAUUAUCGGAACAGGCGUCGUCCUUUAUAAAUAUACUGUCCCCACUGAUGACCAACUCAUUGCAUCGUUUUCUCCAGAGAUCAGAGCAGAGUACGAGAGAGACAGAGAGUUCAGGCAAAAAGAACAACAAGCGGUAAUGGACAAUGCAAGAGAAACCGCAGCUAGUGAUAAUCCUAUUUGGAUGGCAGGUAAGAUUAAGUCGCCGUUUGAUAAGGAUACCAGAGGCAUGGACCCUCAAUUGGUGGACUACGAAUUGUUUCGAAAACUGAAGAAUGAUGAUUUUAAACAAGAACAAAUAAAGCGUGCCCAAGAAGAUCUCGCAGAGACGGAGAAGUUAUCCUCCAAGAAGCGUAGUUGGUGGUCAUGGAAAUAG